AUCGUCUUCUUCCCUCCCUCCCUUCCCCACUACUCUACUCCCCCACUCGCCGUCGCAACUCCCGCCGCCGCACCGCCGCACCGCCACACCGCCCCCGCCGCAAAUGGCGGCCUCGCCGGAGCAGUUCCGGGGCCAGGCGCGGCUCCCGCGGUGCGCCUCCCCGCUCAGCUACGACCUCCGCCUCCGCCCCGACCUCGCCGCCUGCGCCUUCUCCGGCUCCGCCGCCGUCGCCGUCGCCGUCUCCGCCCCGACCCGAUUCCUCGUCCUCAACGCCGCCGAGCUCGCCGUCGACGGAUCCUCCGUCCGCUUCCAGGAUUUGGUGCCUUCCGAGGUGGUGCAGUUCGAGGAGGACGAGAUCGUGGUCAUCGGGUUCGGCCAGGAUCUGCCGAUCGGCGAGGGCGUGCUCAAGAUGGACUUCACCGGGACGCUCAACGAUCAGAUGAGAGGCUUCUACAGGAGCAAGUAUGAGUACAAGGGGGAGUCAAGAAAUAUGGCAGUUACACAGUUCGAAGCUGCUGAUGCAAGACGAUGUUUUCCAUGCUGGGAUGAACCUGCAUUUAAGGCUAAGUUCAAGCUAACACUGGAAGUUCCAUCAGAGUUGGUAGCACUGUCCAACAUGCCAGUAAUUAAGGAGACAGUUCAUGGACCUCUCAAGACCGUCUAUUAUGAGGAAUCGCCACUUAUGUCAACUUAUCUAGUGGCUAUAGUUGUUGGUUUAUUUGAUUACAUAGAGGGCUCAACAUUAGAAGGCACCAAAGUUCGUGUGUAUACUCAAGUUGGCAAGAGUAACCAAGGAAAGUUUGCACUAGAUGUUGCAGUGAAGUCACUGGAUUUAUUCAAAGAUUAUUUUGCCACUCCUUACCCGCUACCGAAGUUGGAUAUGGUUGCUAUUCCUGAUUUUGCUGCUGGAGCUAUGGAGAACUAUGGGUUGGUCACUUACCGAGAAACAGCUUUACUUUAUGAUGAGCUGUUAUCCUCAGCAUCCAAUAAACAACAGGUUGCAAUCACUGUUGCACAUGAAUUGGCUCAUCAAUGGUUUGGCAAUCUUGUAACCAUGGAGUGGUGGACUCACUUGUGGCUAAAUGAGGGUUUUGCUUCCUGGGUGAGUUAUUUGGCUGUGGAAGCAUUAUUUCCAGAAUGGAAUAACUGGACACAAUUUCUUGAUGAGACGACCUCUGGUCUCAGACUGGAUGCACUUGCAGAGUCUCAUCCUAUUGAGGUUGACAUAAACCAUGCCUCUGAAAUUGAUGCAAUUUUUGAUUCCAUAAGCUAUGAUAAGGGCGCUUCCGUCAUUCGCAUGCUGCAAAGUUACCUUGGUGCAGAGCGUUUUCAGAAAGCUUUGGCAUCAUAUAUAAAGAAGUAUGCUUACUCGAAUGCCAAAACAGAAGAUCUAUGGGCUGUUCUUGAGGAGGAAUCUGGGGAACCUGUUAAGGAUUUGAUGACUACAUGGACUAAGCAACAAGGAUACCCUGUUAUUUAUGCAAAACUAGAUGGACAUGAUUUGCACCUUGAACAGGCACAGUUUCUAUCGGACGGAUCCUCUGGUCCAGGCUUGUGGAUUGUUCCUAUAACAUCAUGUUGUGGCUCAUAUGAUGCACAGAAAAAGUUUCUCUUGAAGGGCAAGACUGAUAAGGUCCAUAUAGACCUCACUGCCUCCCAAAAUGCCGGAGGAGAGAAGGGUGAAAACUGUUGGAUCAAAUUGAACGUUGACCAAACUGGAUUUUAUAGAGUGAAGUAUGAUGAUGAACUUGCAGCUGGACUUGAAAAGGCAAUCAAAGCCAAUAAGCUCUCUUUAAUGGAUAAGAUUGGUAUUGUGGAAGAUUCAUACUCCCUUUCUGUGGCUCGCAAGCAAACACUGACAUCCUUGCUUCGCCUGCUGAAUGCUUAUCGCAAUGAGUCUGAUUACACUGUGCUUUCACAUGUAACCUCUGUAUGCUUAGGCAUUGAUAAAAUAUCAGUUGAUGCUACUCCUGAAUUGUCCAGAGAUAUCAAACAGCUUUUGAUCAAUCUUCUUCUAUCAGCUGCCAAAACACUAGGCUGGGAUCCCAAGGAGGGCGAGAGCCAUCUUGAUGUAAUGCUUAGAUCAUUGCUCUUGAUUGCCCUUGUCAAACUUGGACAUGAUGAGACUAUAAAUGAGGGAGUUAGGCGGUUCCAUAUCUUCAUAAAAGACCGCAAAACUAACAUUCUUCCCCCAGACACUAGAAAGGCUUCAUAUCUUGCUGUGAUGCGGACUGUUACUACCUCCAGCAGAGCUGGUUAUGAUGCCCUCCUGAAAAUCUACAGAGAAACAGCUGAAGCUCAGGAGAAGUCACGCAUCUUAGGUUCAUUGUCUUCAUGCCUGGAUAAGGAUAUUGUUCUUGAGGCACUAAACUUCAUGCUUACCGAUGAGGUACGGAAUCAAGAUGCAUUUUAUGUCCUUGGUGGUAUCAGCUUAGAAGGACGAGAAGUUGCAUGGGCCUGGUUGAAGGAAAACUGGGAUCAUGUCUUGAAGACCUGGCCAUCAAGUUCACUCAUAUCGGACUUCGUCAAAUCUACUGUUUCACGGUUCACCACAGAGGAGAAGGCUGCUGAAGUUUCCGAGUUCUUCGCCGGUAAAACCAAACCAUCGUUCGAGCGUGCACUGAAGCAGAGCCUCGAGAGGGUCCGUAUCAGCGCGAGAUGGAUCGAGAGCAUCAGGAGCGAGCCUAACCUUGCUCAGACAGUGAACGAGCUGCUGCAGCACGACAUGUAGCCUUCCUUUUGGGCUAAAGCUAUUUGUACGCUCAUGGAGGAUCGUACAACACAAAUGUUCUUCGAAAGGUUGUGCCGGGUGUGGCUGUUCUAACGAUCAUAUUUUAAAGUUUGUUUAGUUCUAUCUCUAUCUUUUGCUUGGGCAAUCGAAAAGACAUGUUUGGUCCUCGCAGCGAGGUGUGCUUGGUUCAGCUUUUGUCAGGACUGGCAAUGAAAAUCACAAAUCUUGUACAGAA